AUGGCAGGUGCUCGAGGCGGCGACCUUCUCUUCCUGAAAACACUCAGGGACGUUCUACUAGUGCCAGCGCUGCAGGCACAAAACCUCGUGCGCGCUGAUCUGAGUAACGAGGAGCUUAGGAACUUCGUUCCAGCAGCUCGGGACGAGAUUGUCAAGGCUCUUCAGAAGGGGCCCAUCGCUGUCACUGACCCAGCCACAGGCAAUCUGAAAAUUGCGAAGGAGAUCUUCCAUGGAGGCGUCAGCAACACCACAUCCCUGCAGUGUGUGGCCGUGGCUCUGUACAAUGCAGUCAACGAAUUCCUCUGCGGUGGCGUCUCGUCCAAUAAGCGUUUCAGAAAGAUCACGUGGGGCGACCUGUCCCCUGGUGCAUCGCGCGCACAGGACCUGAGGCAGGAAGGUCUGUGGGAAGCGUUGGACUUCUUUCUGUCGCUCAUCGCUGCCAACCAAUCGCUAUACACUACGGUGAAGGCGUACCUGGACACAUACUUCGUCAACCCGGGGACCGCUGCCUGCAACACCGCCACACGCGCCCGCCUCGAGGCGUGCUUCGCACACAUGCUGGCCGCAUUCCCGGAGCCAGCUGCAAACCUCGUGCCCAAUAUGGUUCCGAACGACGACGAUAUGGCGUCGCCCGACCUUCUGAGCCCCGAUCCAACUCUCCUGGACAUUGAUCUGCCGGACAUCGAGGAGACGGACUUCGAGGACUUGCUUCGAGCGUUCGGCGUCGAAGCAGCUCCGAGUGAGGCGUGA